AUGUAUUAUACAGAAACGCUGUUAGACGACACUCGUCUUAAUGAUACAAAAGUACGAGGAACAUCAGUAAAUCAGUUAUUAUUAUUUUACGAAGAACAGUUAAAGCGUCGACAAAAAUCAGUAUUUAUACCGGAAGCACAUGAUCAGUAUUUAAUUAUCAUACUGAAUUCUUCAAAUAAUUUUAUGAAAAUAAAAUGUUACGAAAAUGACACAUUGUUCUACGAAACUAUUGCUAAUACAACUGUGAUACACGUACAAAAACCGUUGAAUGAAGAUAAAACAUAUCGUUUUACGUUUUCAAUACAUGAACAGCAGAACGAAACUGAAUUCACAUGGCCACAGUGGCCACUGACACCAAAAUGUGCACAAGACUAUUUGAUUUAUUUUCAAAACGGUGUUACUGGUGAUAAAAAUGAAACUUUGUUAGUUAAUAAUAUGUCACUACCAUGUUCAACUGAACGUCUUCUUUACGUUAAAAAAAAGCAAAAAUUAUUUAUGGAAGAACAGAAUGCAGUUUCAUAUUGGCUAGAUAUUCAAUAUGAAGCAGGACGCUUUCAACUCUCUAAUUUUAACUUUGCUUUUACUGGUAAUAAUAAUACCACGUUAAAAAGACGUCGUAAACAACCAUUUGAAAUAACGUCGAAUACAUCUAUUUGUUCAAACGAAUUUCAGAGUUGGAUUGAUAACUAUCAACAAUGGCAUACAAAUAUGAGCAGACAAUUGAGAGUACAUUCAAGCUUCACAUCAGAACAACAGAUUGAACGUAUUCUGCAAUUAAACAUUAGUUUUUUAUCUUACGAACAUCGUGGUUCCGGUGUGGCCGAUCGUCUUACACAUUAUAUAACAUGUUAUUUAGUUUGUCUACUUACCGGACGUUAUCUUAUCUAUAAUCAGCCGGAACAAUGGCCAGAAUAUCCAUAUGUAGUUGAAUCAAGUUUAGAUUAUAAAUCUGUAUAUAUUACACCUGAGUGGCACAACGCAAAGAAACGUCUGGGUGAAAUUAAACGUUAUUGGUUCAGUGUUGAACGUCCAACAAAGGAUUAUGAUUAUGAACAACAAUUCAGAGAGAGAAUUGUACAAUUUAUUGGACAUACAGGUACAUGUAGUUGA